AUGACAACAUCACUGGUGGAUUGAGGUUGCUUAAGCGAGGGAUGGUAACCAUGAAUAAAAUUACCAGGCGACUGAUUCGAGCAAAGAAGCUAAAGGUGAAUUCUAAUGCUGAUGGGGAGCCAAUUGGGAAGGCAGCUAAGGAGAUGCAGUCAUACAUUGGGGUGUUGGAACGCACCAAGAUCCCAAUAUCUAUAAAUGAUUGGAGAAAUGUGCCUUUGGAUGAAAAAGACAAGAUUUGGAAUAGUAUUCAGGAUGCUUAUGUGGUGCCAAAAGAAUGGAAGAAAUUGGUGAUUACAUCAGCCGGCCACAAAUGGAGAGAGUUCAAGAGCAAACUAACCAACUGGUACAUUAUUCCCUAUCUGGAUUCUCCUGAACUUUUACAGUUCCCUCCAGAUGAUUAUCGAUCCAUUGAGGUAGAUGAAUGGAAUACGUUCGUGGCUGAUAGAACUUCACAACAAUUUCAGAUACUCCGUGAAAAGCAGAGAAUAAAGAGGAAGGAGAAUAAGUAUCCUCAUCGAAUGUCAUGGAAAGGAUAUGCUAACUUCCAAGAAGAACUGUUUACACCAAACUGA